AUCGCGGGGAGAAGCGUAAAAUUCGCACUGGGUUGAAUCAUUCACUAAUUCACUCUUCUGAACUGAAACAAAAGCCAUAGACACUUAUACGUUUCACGGUCUCUUCAUGAAUACGUCACGCUCAAAGGCAUAGGAAACCAGUUUGGGGCGUAAGCUCUGUACCUUAUACAAAAGAAAACCUUGUAAACACACAUCUGUGGACACACCGUGAGGAAUGCUGUGUUAAAAAACGCCUAUGCAGGUGGAUCCCUCGCCAAUGAAUGUGGGGGAUGGCGGCACAGUGAGCAGAGCAAGCAGUGCCCCUGCCCAGGCCUCCGAGAGUAUGGUGGGGAAUCCACAGCAGACACUGCCUCCUGAACUCAGAGGAGAUGUGCCUCACAGUCAGCAGAACAAGCUGAGGACAUCCACAGACUGCAAAGCGCCUGGGCUCUGCUCAGAGGCCAGCAAGGCCAGCAAUUCAAACCAUUGUCCCGAAGUCCCUCCCUCCCAUCUUCGCAACAAUGCUCCUGUGUUCAGCACUGAUCCUUUGAGCACGCCGUUGCCCGAUAGGACAGAGGUUCCAAAAGCCAAGGCCGAUGGUGCAGGCGUCUACCCCACUCACCACUGGCCUUGUGGGAAAAAGGUUGCCGCAGAGGAGUCGGUGAACUCUGUUCAUGGUGGUGCAACCUCGAAUAAAAAAAGCCCUCAUAGCCCUGGCCACACCCAGCCUGUGAUUGCCCUUCCCCCAGGAUUCCAGUGUUCAACGCUCUUCAAACCUGGCCAACCUGUUGCUUUCCUCCCCUCCUCUAACUUUUCUUCCCCUCUCUGUAAGAUCACCUUGCCUCCAGCACUGGGCCAGAUUGCCGCUUUGAGAGAAGCCACAGCUGGCCAGUUUCAAAAAGACUGUCCGGCACCGAGCCCUGGUUCGAGCAUGACACCGAGACUCAAAACAUACCCAUAUCAGUUCUCAAUGGGCCUUGCUUCUGAGAAGAAACCACUGACCUCCACAUCUAAAGGCCGGAGUGACUCUUUAUCUAAUGCCAAGGGUUGCAAAGGUGUAGGAGAACACAAAUCCACAAUAUCUUCUGCUGUUAGCCCAGCUAUUCCGCUGCCAGUGCAACAGGCCACACAAGGCUCAGCCCCUCCGACACGUUACACCAUCUCUCCCACCGCUGCCAUCUGCUGUAGUUCAGCACUGGCCAACAUUACCACUCAGAGCAGGCUACUCAGCCUCGUAGAGAAAUGUCCCCCAUUCAGAGGGGUGGAAAAAACCUCUGUGGCAUAUUUGAAACCUAAGACUUCAUCCGCCGCCGAGGAGCAAAAUGCUUCCUGUCCCCCAGAAGCAAGAGAUGUGCCCCUUGACUUGUCUUCAAAAUCCAAACGUCCCAAAUGCGUGAAGGAUACACCGAACAGUCCCACUGCUACAACUGAGCAUCACUCAGUUGAGCCUCGUCAGAAGAAUGUCCAUGCCACCAAAAAGGCUCAGACCACUUUGGGUACAGCCACUACAUAUGCUCUUCUACCAGAUACCCAGCGAAAUGGUGCAGGCCAGAGAUCCUCCUCAAAAAUCAGCAAUCACAACAAUUUGGAACCUGGUGCACCAUGGGGUAAAGGAUCAAGUCCAGGAUCAUUAAAUAAUCUCCCAGGUACAUAUGUCGGAGUGGCCAGCCCCAUACUGGCAUCUACCUUGCGUAGCAAAGACGGGAAAAAUACCGCUUUUGUUGAAGACAUUCAAACAUUUGCUAAGCAAGAGACCAUUUCCAUUAUUGAUCAAGGAGAGCAACUGGCCUCCAGGGGUAAGAAGGCACAUUUCUCAGUUAAAGGUAGCCAGCAAAAUAAAGGCAUCAAACACUCUGUUACUACUACUUCCCCUGGGGCGCAGGAGCUUCCAUCCACGCCACCGUUUGUUACUGCAAGCUCACAGUCCCCUCGGAAGUCUUUGGGUGGAAAAGCAGGAAUUCCUUAUUCACCUCCAGUUAUUAAAUCAUUAUGGCAACAGCCUAGCGUUAUUUCCCAGGGGAUGUCUGCGCAGAAGCGAUCAAGUCAGAUGCAAGCCUCAUCUAAAGUCAAAGGCAACAUGCCUUGUGAGACCCCCCUUUUCCAUAGCUCUGAAUUAAUCCCAACUAUACUGGAAGACGAAAAAUGGGAGAAAACCAAGUCCCCCUUGUCCAACCUGGAGUCGAUAGUGAAGCAGAAAGUUCUUGAGACCACAGCACUGACCGGUGAGAGCUACUCUGCUGCAGGACCUAGGAAUCCUGAGGUGGUCAGCGUGCUUAACAGGUGUCAGGACCCCUUACUGCAGCAGACUGCAGCCACCGCCUUUACGCCCUCCAGAACCACAGAGGCACAGGACUCCAAAGCAGACAGAGCCUCCCCACCCACAGACACCACAGCCCCGGUCAAUAGAGAGGAGGCCCCUGUCACUGUGCCCAAGGAGAAGGGCCAUGACAAACAGACCAAGCAGUCUGAAAACCUGACCGGCAGUGGCAGCCAGAAGUCAAAGAUAAGCAGUCCCAGGAAAAGGUGCGCUUCCAGUAUUAAAUCUGGCAGGAAUGAGUGUAAACUGGCCCAGGAGCUUGUGGAGGACACAGCAAGAGGAAAGCCUGCAACCCAAACAGAACUCUUUUCUCGUUCUAAACCGGAGGGGAUGGCUAUACCCGUCCACCCGGCCCAGACUGCAGCAGACGCGGAAGGAGAGAGGAAAGCGAAUGGUGCCAAAGAGUAUAUGCCUUCCACGGGGAAAGGAUCAGUACCAGUCGGCAAACAGAAAAAAACAAGGAAGCCCGCUAAGGAGAGGGCAUCUCCUGAAACACCGAAGAAGACCGGCACACACACAAAAACGCAGCAGGGGAAGGAGAGUGUCACAGUAAUGCAAGGCUCUACCUCUAGAAAAAAGAAAGACAUCUCAUCUAUUGUGGAAAAGUGUAUACUGAAGGACAGUACCUGUCGAGCCCCUGAAGUGAUGGGCAAAGUUCGGAAAGGGAAGAGCAGUCCAGUUAAAAUGGAGCAGCCUCCCCCACACAGAACCAGUUGUGAGAGCAGCCUGAUCAGCAGUGCCCAAGCAGAGGAGGACCCCAGCACCGGCAAGGAGGCAGAGGUCCAGGAGGCGCCCUCCCCGCGGCUGAGACGGGGGCGCCGGCGAACCGACGAGGCUCUGCUGAGAGACUGGAGCUUCGCUUCUCCGCCCACUCCUCCUCCUCCUCCUCCUCCUCCUCCUCCUCCGAACCCGCCCUUUUCUUCAGUACCACCGAGUACCACUCCAGCCGCCCCACCACGCCGGCCGCGGGGACGGCCUCGCCUCAACCCACUACCCGAGGCAGGGGACACGGACGAGGCCAGGGCCUCGCAAAAGGCCGAGACAGGAGAUACUGCCUCCAUGAAAAAGAGGAAGCGUUGCAGGAACCGCAGGUACCAGAAUGGCGAGUAUAUCACAGAGAAGGAGAAGGCGGAUGGGCAGAAGAAGGAGAGACCUGGUUCUAGAGAGGACCAAGGUGCAGAUGAGAAGACAGCCCUGUUCCCUCGGCUCAGCAGCGCUUUGACAUAUGGAGUGCCCAGUCCUGACCUGAGCCCCAGGAGGUCCCUGUACACCCGCUCAGGGACCGCACGACGUCAGGACAGUCCCCCCACCCAGGAAUUUAACGACAAACCUCCGGGAAAGAGGAAGUUCAAGAGCAAGCACUUGUGUGAUACAGAGGAGCAGAAAAAGAUCAAAACCAAGCGUGGCCUUCUGGGUAAGCGCUCGGCGACACAGUCUACAGAGGAGGACAACCCCGUGGCCAAGAAGCCCUUCGCCCCUUUCGCCUCUCCCAAGGGCCCACUGAGUUCCCCUCCUAAAAAGAGAGGGCCCGGGAGAGGCACGACUCCUGACCCCACCCCCAGCCGCCCGGUGCCCCCGGAGGUGCGACGGCUGAUCGUGAACAAAAACGCCGGGGAGACACUGCUGCAAAGAGCCGCUAGACUGGGAUACCAGGAGGUGGUGCUGUACUGCCUAGAGAAGGACGUGCGGGAGGUGAACCGGCAGGACAACGCGGGCUAUACGGCGCUGCACGAGGCGUGCGCGCGCGGCUGGACGCACAUCGUGCAGGUGCUGCUGAAGCACGGCGCUGACGUCAACUGCAGCGCCCAGGACGGGACGCGCCCCAUCCACGACGCGGUGGCUGCUGAUAACCUAGCAGCGGUGUGGAUGCUGCUGAACCACGGUGCAGAUCCAACACUGGCCACCUACUCUGGCCAGACAGCUGUCAAACUGGCCCAAAGUCCCAGCAUGAAAGCCUUCCUCAAAGAGUACUUCACUGACCUGGAGGGACGCACUGACCAGGAUCCUAGUCUCCAGUGGGAUUUCUACAGCAGCUCUGUGUUUGAAACGGAUCAGCAGGCCUGCUGGGACUUCCUACUGUCCCUGCCUGAGGAGGAGGAAGGGGAGGAAUGGCGGGAACAGGGGAAGGAGAGAGACUCGGAUACGGACUGCCUUCUGUUUGAAUUCUCCUCCGAGCCACUUUUACCCUGCUACCAUGUUCAAGUAUCUCUGACACAGGGUUUUUGCAACUGGUUUUUGCUGACGGACGUGUUGAAGCGCCUGAAGGUGUCCGCUCGGAUCUUCCGGGCGAGGUAUCCGCAAUUCGAGGUUGCGAGCAUCCCGAGGGCAGAGCUCUGGAGGCAGAUGAGCGUCAGCCAGACGUGUGUGGUCCCUGACGAGCUCCAGCCCGCCGAGGGCGAGGAGGACGACGAAGAGCUGGUGGAGCUGGUGCGCUGUGUGCCUGAGCUGCAAGGACUGCUGGGCUCCUCCAUACAGCUCCUGCGGGAGGACGAGGACGAGAGGUCAGAGGUCGCCGCCCGGCUGUGCAGCAGCCGAUAGCGAACAGCCACCCCGUCUGCGGCAGGCCUCACCCUCCUGCGCCCCGAGAUGGGUGAGGGGCUGUCCACGGGCACACGGGGCCUCUUCUUCGGCGACUGAUGCCCCGUUACUAGUACCAGCACUUUGUACAUUCAGCGUUCUUUUGCAGAAGACGCCCUUUUCCCAAGGCCACGCGCUGUUCCAGCAGAGGGAGGGGCCAAAUUAGAUCGACUUGCCUUGGUAUCACCCCCAGGAGAAUGGCUAGGGAAGGUCUCCGCUAGCAACGCAACUUUCAGGUCCUGAUCUGUAGGUAUUUUUCACUAUCCAAUAACUGUUCUCAAACCUUUUUAUAUAUGUGUGUGUAUAUAUAUAUAUAGAUAUAUAUAUAUAUAUAUAUAUAUAUACCUAUAAGUAUAUGUAAAUAUAUAUGUAUAUCUUGACAUCAGGGUGAAUAUGUUUGGUUGUAACUUAUCACUGAUAUGUUUUAAUGUUUGUUUGAUCUUGAGGAUAUGUGAAUAAUUUUGAAAGGGUGUCAAAUCCAAGGCUUUUUUUCUUUUUCUUUUUUUUUGUUCUCUUGGUGAACUCGCGCAUAAGAGGCUUAUGCCCAGCUACUUGAGGCAGGAAGGCCUCUGGGCCAGAUGGUUCCUCUGUAAAGCUGCGAGAGGCCUGCGCUCUCUGGCGAGGACCCCUGGCCCAGAGCAUAUGGCCCUGCUUACCUCGCGUUACCUCAGCUCACCUCCCCGCCACAGCACAGCUCCGCCCCAGCAACUCCGCAAGCCUCAUUUACCAACAUGCCCUUUAUCUUGUGGGUUUAUUUUUUCCUUUUUUAUGCAGUGUAGCAUUAAAUAUAUUGUUUUCUUAUAUUUAUGAACUCUGAUUGUGGGUUUUUUUCAGAAUAUUUUUUUUUCCCUCCCCCAAGAAAUAUUUUUAAAUCAUCCAUGAUCGGUAGUUUCAUUUUAUCCAGAGCUAAUCAUGUUUACAACACGUGAAGAGAUUGAUGGGAGUCCCCCAUGUGUAUGAAGGUCUUCGUAUAAUGCAGGCGGAAAAGCAAACCUGUGGAGUGCUUCUUGUUUGUUAGUUUGUUUGUUUUGAGAUUAUUUUUUCUGUAGACUGUUCUGGAUGCUGUCCGAGCCGUCGCUCUGUUCAAGGUCGUGAGAAGUCUUCUCCUACGCUGAUCGUGUCCCUGGUGUUCUUGAUCCCCGUGAGCUCUGUGGCGCGUGGUGUGUUUUAUUUACAUGGUUUGAUUGUUGUUUGUGCUUAAUUUAAUAGUCAUUAAUAUAUUUGACUUUUUUGUGUAUCUGACAAAUGAUAUAUGAACAUUUUCUUUGUAUGGUUGGUGCUUUAUUUGAAAUGUACACAUUAAUGAUCCCUUUACCCUAAGGAUGUUCUGUUCUCCCUCACUGCAAACAGUAUUUUAACAAGCAAAAGUACAGUUUUAUUGUACUGGUGCUAAGACAGAUUUUGUGUUGACAAUCAAUGAAUUUUUUUUUCCUUUUUGCUUUUUGAACUGAAACCAAUAAAUGCUAUUUAACUGAAGAGAGAGAAAUGUAAAGAGAGAGUUUAGUUUCAUUACCUAUGGAAAUAUGGCGAGUCAUGAUGAGCGAAAGUACUCGGUUUUGAAGGUUUAUUGCUUGUGAGAACUCUGCUUGAAGAGGAUAUGUUUAAUUCCUUUUUAAAAGAAAUCAACCAGAAUAAAGCAUGAUUGUCAAGUCUG